CAGGAAAAUGAACCAAAUUUGACAACUAAUAGUGAACCAGGAUUAAUAAUAAGGUCUAUGAUGGCUGAAAACUCUGGCCUAGAUAUACGUGAUAGAACAUGGCUAAAAAUAACAGUACCUCAAUCAUUUCUAGGUGUCGAUCUUGUAGAUUGGUUAUAUACUAAUGUUGAAGGAUUUACUGAUCGUCAUCAAGUCAAAAAAUUUGCUGAUAAUAUGUUAAAGAACGGAUACAUACGUCAUACAGUUAAGAAAACUUCUUUUUCUGAACAAUGCUGUUAUAUCUUUGGAGAU